GAUUAAUCGGUCUCAGAUCGCCAUCCCUAGUCACUACACUAAUCCAUGCAAAUUUAUUUUUGUAGAUUUUACGGCGUUCAAUUAGAUAAACAUUUUAUCAAUCGUAAUGUUCAAAUCAAGUAACAAAUAAUGUUUGUCUCGUAAAGUGUAUUAAGUUAUUUUAUUACAGUAGUAAGUAAAAUAACCUCAGUAUGAUGGUUCGAAGUGUAUUCCUCAUUAUUUGUUUGGUCAAAGUGAGCCUCGGCUUUUCCGACGUUGGUAAAUGGGAUUUACCACUUAGCGGAGAUUUAUGCACAUUUGCAUUGGCUAAGUCUCUGUUCAAAGAUUCAAAUCUGUACAUAGUGUUACAUUGCGGAGUAGAAGACGCGACAGUGUCCGUCAGCUACGAGUGGGUCCCGUCCGAGUGCUCCCCGGACUACUUCCACUAUUACGAUCAGCAACUAAUAAGAUGCUCGGCUUCCAACGAGCGAGUGAGGCGGGACGCGAACUCCACGGAGCAGCGCGGGCCGCACAAGUACCACUGCCACAGCCGCAUCUCCUACAACAUCCAGGCGGACGACGCAGCGCCCGGGGACAACAAACAAGAUGUUUCUGAUGCCGCCAAAUUCAGUCAGCGCCCUCUCCUGACGGUGGACAGAGAAGGCGUGUACGAGCUGAAGGUGACAGUCUCCAGCGAGACCAAGUUCAACGUGUCCAUGGAAGUGCGGCUGAAGUCGCCGUCGGGGUACCUCUCCGCAGCCAUGUGGCCGCUGUGGGUGUUCUUCGGCGUGAUGUGCGGCGCGUACACGGCGCUGAGCGGCGCGUGGCUGCUGGCGUGCGCGCUGCGCUGGCGCGAGCUGCUGCGGCUGCAGUACUGGAUCGGCGGCGUGGCGCUGCUGGGGCUGCUGGAGAGCGCCACCUUCUGCGGCGUCUACUCCGCCGUCAACAGCAGCGGCUACUUCAACGUGCACGCGUACAUGCUGGCGGAGUGGCUGUCGCUGGCCAAGCGCGCGCUCGCGCGCAUGCUCGUCAUCAUCGUGUCGCUCGGCUUCGGCAUCGUCAAGCCCCGCCUGGGCCCGGCGCUGCAGCGCGUGCUGGGCGUGGGCGCGCUGUGGUUCGCGCUGGCGGCCGUCAACGCCUGGCUGCGGCUGGCGCGCCGCGCGGGCGGCUCCAACCGCCUGCUGCUGCUCUCCGAGGCGCCGCUGUCGCUGCUGGACAGCGCCAUCUGCUGGUGGGGCUUCGUGUCUCUGGCGCACACCAUGCGGACGCUGCAGCUGCGCAGGUCACUCACUAUAGCUCCCUCCAACCGCCUGCUGCUGCUCUCCGAGGCGCCGCUGUCGCUGCUGGACAGCGCCAUCUGCUGGUGGGGCUUCGUGUCUCUGGCGCACACCAUGCGGACGCUGCAGCUGCGCAGGUCACUCACUAUAGCUCCCUCCAACCGCCUGCUGCUGCUCUCCGAGGCGCCGCUGUCGCUGCUGGACAGCGCCAUCUGCUGGUGGGGCUUCGUGUCUCUGGCGCACACCAUGCGGACGCUGCAGCUGCGCAGGUCACUCACUAUAGCUCCCUCCAACCGCCUGCUGCUGCUCUCCGAGGCGCCGCUGUCGCUGCUGGACAGCGCCAUCUGCUGGUGGGGCUUCGUGUCUCUGGCGCACACCAUGCGGACGCUGCAGCUGCGCAGAAACGCGAUAAAGCUGACGCUGUACCGCCACUUCACGAACACGCUGAUCUUCGCCGUCAUCUCGUCGGUGGUGUUCAUGCUCUACUCCAUCAAGUCCUACAGGGUGCUCGACUGCAUCCGCGAGUGGAAGCAGGUGUGGGUGGACGAGGCGUACUGGCACGUGCUGUUCGCGGGCGUGCUGGCGGCCAUCAUGCUGCUGUGGCGGCCCACCAACAACAACCAGCGCUACGCCUUCACGCCGCUGCUCGACAACGCCGAGGACGACGACGAUGAAGAAGAACAAUUCGUGAACGACGCCUACGGUGUAAAAAUGCGCGGCGCUUCUCAGCCGGAGAGCAAGGAGGAGGCCCGCGAGGCGGCCGCGAGCUCGCUGGAGGCCGACCUGCGCUGGGUGGAGGAGCACCUGCCCGCCAGCGCGCUGCCCCUGCUCGACUCCGACGAGGAGGUCAUCAACACCAAGUUCGAGGUCUCCAAGAUGCAGUAAGGUCUCCGUUACAGAGUAAAAGGUCUAGUAGGUGCAGAAAACGGUCGCCAAAAUAUAUGAGGAGGUCUCGUAAGAUGCAGUUGCAGGGCUCCAAAAUUAUUAAGAACUGUGCUAGAUGCAGAGUAACAGCGGUCUCUAAAAUAGAGCAAAAGUUCUCUAAAAUAGAUUUAGAAGUCGAAGUUACAAAUGGGUCUCUAAAAUAGCGUAAAGAAGAUCUACAAGAUGCAGAACUUGAGCUCUUGUAUAAUAAUGUUUGCGCUAUCAAUGUGACCAGUUUGUCUCCUAGCAACGCGACCACUUGCAUACGUUUUGGACUUUUGGUCUCCCGAGAUGCCGUAAUUGUAUAUAUAUAUAGUGUGUUUCUAAGUUAUGUUACCACUUGUAUGAUAUGUCUUGUACAGUAUAGCUUGCUGACUGCGAACGUGAUAAGAAAUGUUGGUAUCAGCUCGAAAAAAAUUUUUGAUUUUGUACGAAUAUUGUUUGUUUAAGUGAGAAAUGCAAAAGUUAUUCAACUAAAAGUUCACUAACUCGUUUCAAAGGUCUUCGAAAAAAUAUUGCGUUACGAAAUGUUUUCCACCUGUAAGCAAAAGGAAGUAAACUUUUUGCUUGCGUUAGAAUCGAAUCUGGUUUUGGAGUCGCCUCGCACUAUUAAUUAGUUUGGUUAGGUUCAAGUUACCAAAAUGCUGUGCAAUACCCGGCCUGUAAAUGGACCAAAAAUAAUGAUCCAGAUGUUUUAGUCGUAGACUUAGGAAUUUUCCAUCCCAAUUGUAUGAGGCAUUGCUUACGAGGGCUCUCGAGGAAUGCCUCAUGCGAUUGGAAAAGAAUAUUCCCAAAUUAAAAUUCAAUAACAUAAAUAUGACCCAUAUUUUAUAUCGUUAUAAAAAUAUCAUCUCCAAAAUUAGUAGUAGGUCCCCACAGGCCCUCCAUACAUGCCGAGGACUAUUAUAUACAAUCACAAUGGGUUUGCAUUCUGGUGAUCACGAGUUGGCUAGUGGUCGAAUGUAGGAAACGAAUAAAGAUAGUGUAGACUUUUGUACUGUAAUUUGAAAAACCUUGUGAAAUCAUGACUUUAUUUAUUUUACUUCCACAGAAGUAAUGUUAUUAUUUAUUAACGGUACUCUAUUUAUCUGUUGCAAUGAAGAGAAGACAGUCGUCAAAUCUACUGAAAUAUUUUUACACGAAGUUAAUAUAAUUUUUAUUUAAGUGAAAAUAAACUUUUAUUGUAACUAUUAUGGUUUAAGUUAUAAAAAAUUAGGGUAAGGUGCGUAAAAAAAAGUUACACGCGGAUGAAGUCGCCGGUUACGGCAACUGUGGUGAAGUGUUUGUAAGUGUGGGCUAAUGUUAUAUUACGUGCAUGUGUAUCUUGCAAUUCUUGAAACUUGGUCUUUUUACCAACGUUGUUUGUGGAGCAUAGAAAUAUCUUGUUUUUUUUUUUCUUUGGGUAACCUCAAAGAUAUAAGGAGAGGGAAGUAAAAUCGUAACGUUGUAGUAUAACUCCUCUGAGGGGCUAUUCAAGAACUUUUAAAAGGCAUAGUCUACGCCAGAGUAGAUGUCUAUGACGCGCGGGAUUCACAUAUUAAUACCUAAGAGUUCAUGAGCAUUCAUUAUUAUUGAAAAAUUAAACUAGCACCGAAUAAUUGCCGUAUCAUUUCUCACAGGCACCUUGUAUCUUCUCUCUACAUUUUGGGUUCGGUUCGGCGGAGCCCUACCCUAAUGACAGAUUCUGCCAUAAUAAAGUUGUGAGUAGCUCAGAUUGGAUGGAUGUUAGCUUGUUUCUCGCUCAAACCUUGUAUUUAAUGACUGUGAAGCUUCUUAUUGGUGAUAUUUUGUAAUUGAGGACUAUAGUCGUAUUGUGAACAUUAUUUUGGUGAUAAACUAUUAUGUAAUUCACAGAUUUAGCCUUUAUUGUAUUAUUUUAACUUUUAGGUAUGUAAUGUCACGUCUGUAAUACGAUUAUUUUGUAAAACCGUUUUAUUUUGAAGGUUAAUUAGUGGUAUGCAAAAAUCAGUAAGUACUUAAAAUUUAUAUCUGUGAAACCAAAAACUUUGUUAACCUACUUUUAAGAAGAAGGUUCUAAUUUCUUUGACAUUUUUUUAAAAUUUUAUAUCCGAUGGAGAGUUAAGGUCUAUGUACACUGGGCGGGAUGUAGAGGAUUUAAAUUUUUCAAUUAAUCCGACUACAAUGUCUAUGAGUAGAAAAUAAAAAUUAAUAUUCUUAUAAGCCGGUCUUGAUAGCUAUAGACAAAAGGUAAAUAUGACUUACGAAUUAAAUCGAUUCAUACACUGUAAUUAUUUUGAAAACUAGAAAAAGAUGAAAUUUUAGGAGGCGAAUGGGUGUUGCCAUUUGCUGUAAGAAUCGAGUCACUUAGACUUUCUCUUUAUUUAAAAAUAACAAUCUGCUGUUCAGCCUUGGUGUGCAUAGGUUUUUGCUAACAUGUUUGUGAGUGACACUGCCACGUACAAAAUGUAUUGUAUAGAGCCGCGCUGAUUGCUAAACACGCUUCACGUAUCGUAAUACGGUAUGCAAACCACUAAAUACUAUGUAAACACUAUACCUACUUACUAAUUCGUAAAUUAGCCCACUAGGUCCGGUAUAGGUAACGCCUUUGAUUAUACCGUUACCAAAUGUAUCUUAUAGGUCUUUCAGGCGUAUCCAGCAAUGAGCGUGUUAAGUAUUACCAAAUAUAUGUAUUGUAAUGUAAAUCUGUUUUAAUGUUUUAUCUACAGAUGAGGAUAAGUGCAGUUAGGAGCACAUUUAGUCAUUUAGCCUUUUUGAAACAGCAUGUGCUCUCAACUGCACAUUUGGAAGGAUGUUGUUAAAACAAAUACAGAAAUAAAAUGAGCUAUCCACUUAAA